AUGAUUAGUUAUUCACAUAAUGAUAAAGAGCUUGUUUAUCAAAUACAAGAACGUCUUGAAAAGGAUACUUUUCGUGUUUGGCUGGAUCGUGAUAAUAUGUAUGGUUCACCAACACGCGCCAUGUCUCAUGCUAUUGAAAACAGCGAAUUUGUCUUCUUUUGUAUGUCGGACUCGUACAAAAAAAGUGGAUUCUGUGAAUUGGAAGCACAUUAUGCAUACAAACAGCAAUGCCAUAUCAUUCCACUCAUUGUCAAAGGUCCUUAUCGUGCAGACGGUUGGCUAGGUCUCCUGACCACAAACAAAAUUUAUAUUGACUUUCAUAAAGCAAAAUCAUUCGAUGAAGCAUACAGUAGAAUCAUUCAAGAAAUCAAUGGAUAUCGAACCAGCGUAGCUUCAAUUGUCCCGGUAAUGGUCAAGGAUCACGAAUCAACAGGCCAUAUGGUCGAUAUUAAGCCUGUAGCUAUCCUUAGUGCUCCUUCAUCAUCUCGAACUUUGCCACACAUGUUAAGUCUUUGGUCUGAAGAUGAUGUGAAGUAUUUCUUGGAGUGUAAGAACCUUGACGCAAUGUUACCCGUAUGUACAGGCAUGAAUGGAUCAACGUUAUGCGCACUGUACACCAUGUGUAGAAUGAACUCGAAUGGAAUGUAUGAAUCUCUCAAAACAGAAUUAGCUCAAUCGGAUUCAAAGAUAUUACCAAUUGGAACAUAUCUGAAGUUUAUGGAAGAAACGAAAAAAUACGUUCUCGUCGCUCCUGGUGAUACAAAUGCUGUUUCUGUGGUUUGCUCUAUCAUGUAG